AUGUCCUCCCGACGCGCCCCCCGCGGCGAAUACAUCGAGACCGACACCGGCAACAAAGUGGCCCGCAAGGCCACGCUGGUCGGGACGCAAAACAUCAUGCUCGGCGGCAAGACGGUUAUCCAGCCCGAGGUGAUGAUCCGCGGCGACCUGAUCCGCACCGCCCAAGCCCCGUCACAGGCUGCGGCCGGCGCAGCUCCGAAUAACACGGCAGUGUCCAUUGGGCGGUACUGCUUUCUCAGUCGGGGGUGUUGUUUGCGCCCGCCGGGGCGGCCCUAUAAGGGUGCCUUCACCUUCAUGCCCCUCCGCAUCGGCGACCACGUCUUCGUCGGCGCGAGCACCGUCGUGCAAGCCGCUACGAUCGGAAGCCACGUCCACAUCGGCUCCAAGGUGGUCGUCGGCGAGUUUGCCAUCAUCAAAGACUACGUGCGGAUCCUCGACGGCACCAUCGUGCCCCCACACAUGGUUAUCCCUAGCUUUAGUAUCGUCGCAGGCCAACCGGCACGCCUGAUCGGGGAGGUGCCUGAGGGUGGAAUUGAUGCGUUUGAGCUGAGGGAUCUGUACAAAACCGUGGGGAAUAACCCGCAUCCUGCGCCGGUUUGA